GAUAUACUAUUAUCUCUUUAGUCUGUGAUAAAUAUAUCUGUGAAAUGACGGAAAUUUUCGUAAUCUGUGUAUUGUGACAUUGACGUUCGUCGUACUGUCACACUCCGGCCGUUGUUGUGGUUUGUUUGAUUCAUUUUAGCGCACUUUAACCUAAAUUAUUUAAAUAGUUGUUUUAAGUUUGGAACCGCAAUGGAAUUUGUUGAUUCAAUACCAGUAACAUUUAGAGAAAUAACACCGAAUUACAAUAUACCGGAGAAAUGGAAAGAAAUAUCAUUGAACACCGGAGGUACGCAUAGUACUUUACAAGAUAUAAAACUGCCUCAAAAGGCUGGUGGGUAUUGGUAUAAAGAGACAUUAAAAGCUAAUACUAGAAACCGUUUUAUAUAUUGGCAAACCACUCCUGAUUCUAUUGAGUUGUCUGAAGCAUCACUAGAUGUGAAUUUAACAGGUAAUAAUAUAAAAUGUAGAGUGGCUCCAGGGACUCCACCAUUGAACAAUAUAACAGUAUAUGAGCGCCCAAUGUCGCGGGAAGUAGUCGUCUUAGCAGCUACUGUGUCUUCUGUCCACAGGCUGAUAUUUCCUCAUCCUGUAGUUUUAGACAAAAGGUGUACUUAUGGGCCUGUGUGUUCAUCAUCCCCAUCAAUAUUUCAAGAUACAAGUGCCAUUAAUAAUCCAAAUAAUUAUUUUAUUUUAAAUCAAUAUUCCAAUGCAACCACAGGAAUUGCACACACUUGUGCAUCACAUCUGCGGGAUAAUGGUGAAGCCUUGUUUGCAUUGGCAUUUGGUCUUAGUGGUGAGGGAGGUCUUCUUCUAGUCCGAUUGCCAGUAUCAGGUUCGGCAGUCACUGUACCUCUUAAAAGAGAAUCUGCUGUGCCAAGAUUCUUAUCAGGUCUAACUGGUGCCUUGAGAGGCAAAAAUAAUGAAGGGCUUGAAACAUAUGGAGUAGUGCUGACCCCAAGCUUAGCAGUGGCGAUAUGUGGGGACACAUGUUUGCGUGCCUGGGUGUUGGACGACGGAGGAGCGCCGGCCGCGGUCUCUGCACCUCUCUCACAAACUGUUGCUAGGCCAAAACCACCUCCACAUGGACAUAUGCUUCAGAAGACCUUUUUGCCUGAUGGAGGCAUAAUAUUAGUUGCAUACCUUUCUUUCCCAAAUGAAUGUGAAUUUGUAGUGAUGAAAAUGCAUGAUUCUGGAGCAGGCAUAAAAUUUUCACACAUUUGUCGAAUAUUUGGUCCACAGUUGGAUUUAUUUGAUUAUUCUAUCGGGUAUGGAGAUGGCAGUAAUGUCAUAUGGGCAUUAUGGACACAACCUGAUGGUGAAACAGUAAUCACAAGUAGCGCGCUAGGCGCUGAGGUAUCUUGGCGUGCAGUAGCGGGCCGCGAGCCGGCGCCGCCACUGCCACUGCUGCCGUCGCACCACCACUACCGCGACCGGCUGCUGGCGCCCGGCCUGUUCCCGCCUCAAGUCGUGAGGAAAGCUCUCGUGAUAUAUCGUCGUACAUGGGGCAGCAACGACACAGCUAUAGAGAGCGAUUUGACUGAAUCGGCUAUGAACGCGGUGCAGUCUCGUCUUAGGCAUCUUACAGCGCGAGCCUCGUCUCCUGACCAUUCUCACUUGAUGCAUAAAUGCUGGUCAGAAUUGUAUAGUUGGUGUAUGCAGUAUAUGGAGGGCUUACAGAAACCUUUAGGUCUCAUGGUGUCAACACAUUAUAACGACUUGGAGAAUGGAUGGUGGUGUGCAGUGGUGAGACGAGCUGGCGUUUCGUUUGUGCGAGAAUUGGAACCGUUAGAGCGAAUGAUGCUUUCACCUGAUUCAACUUUAUUGGACUCCAGUUUGGGUGCCGGUAGCGAGCUAUCUGCGGAAGCAGUACGCGUAGUAGCGGCGGGGGCUCGUUGGGAGCGUGCGGCGACUUUAGAGGGCGCGCGCGAGCUGGAGCGCCGCCUUUUCGCCGCCGCCGCGCCGCAACACCGCCUGCUGCCCCGUCUGCUGCACCUGCUGCAAGCGCCGCCGCCGCCGCCCAAUGCUCACCGCGCUACGCCCGCGCCCGUGUUAACGCCUCAGCAAGUCGAUGAACUGACUACAAUACUAGAACCCAUCAAGGACCUGCAAAACGCAGUUCUUGAGUUAAAUGAUGCGUUAAGAUUGGAUGUUCCAGAAAUUGACACCUCAAAAAGUGAUGAUGAAGAAAGCUGUGAAUAUGACAAUUUAUUCGCAAGUGAUCUCGGUGUGUCCGUGAUUACUGAAGCCAUUCGUCAAAUGGCAGAAAUGAGAUCGCGCGUAGUGCGCGGAGCGUUGGCGUCGCUAGGAGUGGCGCGCGGCGCGGGUGGUGUACCCGGCGCCGGCCACUGCGCCGUACACUGGCAGGCGUACCGCGCGCUGCUGUGGCUGCGGGCCGCCUCCAUGCAUCGCCCUUCGUCUAACUCCGCGGAGGCGUUUCGGCUGAAGCUGAGCGCGUUGGGCGCGGACCCAGGGGCGGGCUGCGAGCCAGCGGGACCGGGGGCGGGAGCUGAGAGCGCAGUAGGCGUAGUUGGAGCGUACGCGCGGGGCGCGGGCGGCAGGCGGGCCCGGGCCCAUCUCGCCGCCGCGCGGGCCCCGCUGCUGUGGCAUCAGGCCCUGCCGCUGCUGGCGUAUCACCUCGCGCACCAACUUUGGGCCGUGAGUGGUGGAUUCGAGUUUGGAUGGUGGUUAGCGACCAUCAAUCAGCCGCGCCUGGUGCAGAGCUACGUUGCGAUGCUGGAGCCCUGGUGCGAAUGGAACGCGUGUUCACGGCAAUUUAUCUUGGGCUUAUCGUUACUCGACUUGGAAGAUGCGGAGAGUGCUUACACUGCAUUCUGCAAAGCGGCGAAAGGUGUCAGCACUGAGCCAUUCCUGAGGCAAUUAGUGGCUGCACCGGACGCUCGCCUCACGCAACAUCAAGCUCUAGUAUUAUACUAUAUGAAGGUUAUAAAACUAUUUGAGAUUCAUGAUGCUGGGGCGUGCGUGGUCCGUCUUGCAGAAACCGCUAUAAGUAUCGCUGACAAGGAUGAUCCUAACUUGGCGAUGUUCCAAUGGUUAGUCUUCAAAUGGCAUUUGUCCGGAGGGCGAGUCGAGCGAGCGCUAAGCGCUGCAGCCGCCAACCCCGCUCCCACCGCCCGCGCCGCCGCCGCUGCCACUCUACUCACCACCCUGGCAUCCCGUAAGCAAUUGGACGCGCUAGUGUCUUGCAGUGCGCUCGCGGACGAGGCGGAGAAGGCGGCGGCAGCGCGCGCCAAGCUGCACGACGCGCACGCGCAAAACCCCUACUACGACUUCCUGUAUGCGCUGCACGUGGCCCGCCACCACUACCGGAAAGCGGCGGCAGUAAUGUACGAGAGGGCGACCCGAUGUGCUGCGGAACGAGGCGCCGCCGGUGGCGCGCGGCGACGAUGGCUCGCGGCCGCGUUAACGUGCCUGCGCCUUGCUCGGCCCGAGCACGCAUUUCUGGCGCGGCCCGGAUCCGACCCGGCCUCGGCCUCCGCCCGCAGUCUGCAGAUUAUUGGACCGGAAGAGUUGGCGGCAGAAUUACGAGAAGAGGACCCCGACUCUUUGAAUCCUGUACAGGAAGCUUUACUUAGCAAUGAAAAUAUUGAUUUCGAUAAGUUAUACCCAAAUCUAAAAGAUGCCGAUGCGGACACUCUACUCUCAGUUACAAAAAGAGUGAUCAGCACAGGACAGUUUUUACCUCAGUGGUUUCUUCUAAGAUACAUGGAAGUGGAUAGAAGCGGGUGCAUUCGCGCUCUGUUGUGCGGGGGACGGUGCGUAGAGGCGGCGAGUGUUUGCGUGCGCACAGUGCGCUGCGAACUGGCGGCGUUGCGGCCCCUCCCGCCCGCGCCUCGCGCUGCUCCCCUCGCGCUCUGUGCCGCCCUGCUGCGGGAGCUAGCCCACCACACGCACCAGCCGUACGUCCGCCAGGUAUACGAAGAAUUGGAUAAAGUAGUGAACGAAUAUACUGAAGUUGUUAUAAGAACUUCUAACGAUAUGAAACUAGCGAUGGCACAGUAAAACCCUUUUUUGGAGAUUGAAUAAAUAAAAAAAUGUUAUAAUUUGAA